AUGGGUAACCCCAAUACCUCCAUUUUCUUUUUGUUCUUCAAUCUGUGCCUAGUUUUUGCAUUGUGUAAUGCAUCAGGAGACGAUGAAAGAAAGCCAUACAUUGUGUAUAUGGGAGCAUUGCCAUCGGGAGGAUCUAAAAUAUCAUUGUCGGCUGUUCAUGAUAACAUUCUGUCUCAAGCAAUUGGAGAUGAAAGUAUAGCACGGCAGUCAAAGAUACAUACGUAUGGAAGAAGCUUUAAUGCAUUGGCAGCAAAGUUGCUCCCUCAUGAAGCUAAGAUAUUAUCUGAAAAAGCUGGAGUUGUGUCAGUAUUUCCAAGUAUUAAUCGAAAGCUUCAUACUACACAUUCUUGGGAUUUCUUGGGAAUGCCAACAACUGUAAAGAGAAAUUUAAAAGUAGAAAGUGAUAUUAUUAUAGGUCUCAUCGAUUCAGGAAUUUGGGUUGAGUCACCAAGCUUCAAUGAUAGUGGUAUAGGACCUCCACCUGCUAAAUGGAAGGGUAAAUGCCAAAAGGGAUUAAAUUUCACGGGAUGCAACAACAAAGUUAUUGGUGCCCAAGCCUUCAGCCUUGUUAAUCCCAAUAACAGGAGCACUUCCCCCGCCGACUUCGAUGGCCACGGCACGCACACCUCUUCCAUCGUCGCCGGUUCAAUGCACCAAGGCGCAAACCUCUACGGUCUCCUCAACGGAACAGCCCGCGGCGGAGUGCCGGCGGCGCGUAUAGCUAUGUACAAGGCCUGCGACGAAGACCUAUGUAAGGACGUGGACAUCCUCGCAGCGUUUGACGCCGCCAUUGCUGACGGAGUGGAUAUAAUAUCGGUGUCCCUAGGCGCCCCGGCGUCAUCUUAUAAUAUCGAUCCAACGGCAAUUGGCUCCUUCCAUGCCAUGCAAAAGGGGAUACUCACUUCUUGCUCCGCCGGGAAUAGUGGUCUGUGGACGACGGUUGAAAAUGUGGCUCCUUGGAUCUUCACGGUUGCCGCUGCUUCCACCAAUCGACACCUGGAGACUCAACUUCAAUUGGGUGAUGGACAAACAUUCUCUGUUGUUAAUAGGACUUGUGACCUCGGUGCACCUAACAAAACUAAAGUGAAGGACAAGAUUUUGUAUUGCCUGACAAAUAGUCGACAAGAUCAGUUUGUACAGAGCGCGGGAGCUAAAGGAAUUAUCUUUUCAACUGAUGAUUUCUUGGAUGUUGCAUUUCCCUUUAGAAUACCCGCUACUGUUGUUAAAUUUUCAGAUAUUAACGAUAAAAUUGGCAAAUAUAUCAACUUGACAACGCAACCAACAGCAAUGAUUCACCCAACAAAAGUUGUCAAUAUUGAAGAGACAUUCGUGGCCUCUUUUUCAUCUAGAGGACCCCAAUAUCGAGCCCCUAAUCUCUUAAAGCCUGAUAUAUCAGCACCAGGGUUGAACAUAUUGGCUGCAUUUCCACCUUUGACUUCUAUAAGUGGGGAUGUAGAUGAUACAAGAACCUCAGACUACAACGUUUUAUCGGGAACAUCUAUGUCUUGUCCUCAUGUUUCUGCUGCUGCUGCCUAUGUUAAGUCUUUCCAUCCUGACUGGUCACCUGCUAUAGUGAAGUCAGCUUUGAUGACUACAGCAAAACCCCUAGGGGUGAAGGACAAAGAUGCAGAAUAUGCAUAUGGAGCUGGAAUGGUUGACCCGACAGCAGCAUUGAAUCCCGGCCUUGUUUUCGACAUCGAUGAAGCUGCCUACGUAAGUUUCCUCUGCAAGAUUGGAUACAAUGGUUCUAGAUUAGUUCAAAUAACAGGUAACAAAACUAACGACUGCUCAACAAUUUCACCGACAACCGGAAAAGAUGGACUCAAUUACCCUACCAUUAAUCUUGAUGUCCGACCAAAUCUUAACACUACCAACAUCGACGGUGUAUAUCAUCGUAUUGCUAUGAAUGUUGGGGACGAUUCAGCAACUUACAAGGCGCAAAUCGAAUCGGAAAAGGGUUUGUCUAUCGAGGUUUCUCCCAAUAUUUUAUUGUUCAAAAACAAGAAUGAGAAGAAAUCUUUUAAGGUUACUUUGUCAGGGAGUUAUCCAAAAGAAAUUACAAGGCGUUUAUCUGGGUCUAUAAUUUGGAGUGACACUAUACACAAUGUGAAGAUUCCAAUCCUGGUAUAA